GGGAGUCUUUGCGAAAAAAAGGCAGUAGAAGCAGAAGCAGCAGCAGCGGCGGCGGCAGCGGCAGAAGAAGAAGAAGAAGAAGAAGAAGAAGAAGCAGCAAGCAAGCAGAUUUUUUCGGACAUUUUGUGGAUUUUUGCUUGGAAUUGUGGACAGAAAGUGGACAAUGUGGGAUCAUACUGGGUCUCGGAGUACGUCUGUGAGGGGAUGAGCGGAUGAAAUAGUGGAUAAAAGGCGGAAAGGAGAGAAGAGAGAGGAGAAAGGAGGAUCACUUAUUCACCCAACACACACACACACACACACACACACACACUCCGAGGACCGGAGGAACGGAGGAGCAGCAGCAGCAGCAGCAGCAGGAGGAGGAGGAGGAGGAGGAGGGGGGCGACCAGGACCAGGACCAGGACCAGGACCAGGACCCUGCUUUACAUGUGGAUUAAUUCCGGAUUUUUAUUUAUUUUUAAAACAAACAAGCCCAUUGGAUAUCCACACACGCGCGGAGACACAACCACACACUUUAUACAUAAGGUUGCUGUUGACUGACUGUCAGGACUCGAUUCCGAAGAAUGGCCAGCGUGCAUAGAGCAGCCACUUCCUGUGUGUAGAGGAAGUCUCGUUGUCAGCAUGUCCUCUCACCCGCAGCCGGUUCCUCAGAGCCGGAGAGCUGUGGAAGCCCGACACCUGCCGAGCGCAGCCAGCCUUCCUCUGCAGAUAGCCCGCGCUCACACGGAUGUCAGUAUAGUGGACUACCACGCUCGGGACUUCAGUCCCCAUCUCUCCCAUGGAGCUCUUGCCCAGUCUCACCGCCGCAGACCGUCCCUGCUGUCAGAGUUUCAGCCUGGGAAUGAGAGGAGCAGCGAGCCCCACGUGCGAUACGAUCACAUUUAUCUCCCCGGAGCUAACAGCCAGUCGGAGGUGGAGUACAGCGAGAUCAAGCGGCCACGCCUGGAGAUGGGGGCGGAGCCUCUAAUGCGCCACGCGCCUCAGCGCCCACCUCUGAAUCUGUCCGGACCCGAGGAUGUCGUGAAGGAGCGUAGCGGCAGCAGCUCGAUGGGGAAGAUCGAGCCCAUCUCUCCUGUCAGUCCAGCAGUGAUGGAGGCUGAUCUGGAGCUGGUUCCUACACGCUUUUCUAAAGAGGAACUCAUCCAGAACAUGGACCGUGUGGACCGAGAGAUCACCAUGGUGGAACAGCAGAUCUGCAAACUGAGGAAGAAACAGCAACAGCUGGAGGAAGAGGCAGCGAAGCCCCAAGAGCCAGAGCGCAGUAUUUCUCCUCCACCCAGCGAAGCCAAACACCGCAGCCUUGUACAGAUCAUCUACGACGAGAACCGGAAAAAAGCAGAGGAGGCUCAUCGUAUCCUAGAGGGACUGGGACCCCGAGUGGAACUGCCGCUGUAUAACCAGCCAUCCGAUACAAAGCAGUACCACGAGAACAUUAAAAUAAAUCAGGUGAUGAGGAAGAAGCUGAUUCUCUACUUCAAGAGGAGAAACCACGCUCGCAAGCAGUGGGAGCAGAAGUUCUGUCAGCGCUAUGACCAGCUGAUGGAGGCUUGGGAGAAGAAGGUGGAGCGCAUCGAGAACAACCCCCGGCGCCGAGCCAAAGAGAGCAAAGUGCGCGAGUACUACGAGAAACAGUUUCCUGAGAUACGCAAACAGAGGGAGCUGCAGGAGCGCAUGCAGAAUAGGGUGGGUCAGCGUGGAGGUCUGGCUUCUGCAGCACGCAGUGAACACGAGGUGUCUGAGAUCAUAGACGGCAUUUCAGAACAAGAGAACUCGGAGAAACAGAUGCGUCAGUUGGCCGUGAUCCCGCCGAUGCUGUUUGACGCGGAGCAGCAGAGGAUAAAGUUCAUUAACAUGAAUGGUCUGGUGGACGACCCCAUGAAGAUCUACAAAGACAGACAAGUGAUGAACAUGUGGAGCGACCAGGAGAAGGACACCUUCCGAGAGAAAUUUAUCCAGCACCCUAAGAACUUUGGCCUGAUAGCCUCCUUUCUGGAGCGAAAGACUGUAGCGGAGUGCGUCCUCUUCUACUAUCUGACCAAGAAGAACGAGAACUACAAGAACAUUGUCCGCAGGAACAACCGCCGCAGGGGCCGCAGCCAGAAUAACCAGCAGCAGCAGCAGCAGCAGCAGCAACAGCAGCAGCAACAACAGCAGCAACAACAGCAGCAGCAGCAGCAGCAACAGCAACAGCAGCAACAGGUGAACCGCAGCAACCAGGAGGAGAAGGAGGACAAGGAGGCGGAGAAAGAGGGAGAGCGGGACGACGACAAGAACGACGGAGACGACAAGGAGGAUGGCAUGAAAGACGACACCUCAGGAGAGGACGGAGAAGAUAAAGACCCCCCUGUAGCCGUUAAAGGACGUCGCACGGCCAACAGCCGUGGCCACCGGAAAGGCCGAAUCACUCGCUCCAUGGCCAACGAGCAGGAGGAAAGCAGCUCUCCUCCUCUCAGCGGGGAACUGGCAAACCUGGAGAUGAACGAAAGCUCUCGCUGGACAGAAGAGGAGAUGGAGACUGCCAAGAAAGGACUUCUCCAAUAUGGCCGCAACUGGUCGUCCAUCGCCAAGCUGGUGGGCUCCAAGACUGUCUCACAGUGCAAGAACUUCUACUUCAACUACAAAAAGAGGCAGAAACUGGACGAGAUCCUGCAGCAGCAUAAAAUGAAAUCGGAGCAGGAGCGUAAGGCCAGGCGUAAAGGUAAAGUUCUGCAGAACGAGGAGACCAGCGCUCCCUCUGCUGCUGAUGAAGAGGAGAUGGAGGGAUCUGGGGGCAGCGGCAAUGAGGAGGAAACUCAGGAGGAUGGAGAAGGAGGCCCUAACCAGAGCUCAGACACGGAGAGCCUCCCGUCUCCGCACUCCUCCGAGAGCAGCAAGGUCAAAGACUCAAGCUCCGGACGCUUUAAAUCCGCCCCGAACACCACCUCCGCGUCGGCUUCUUCCUCCGACAAAGACACGGCGGAGGAGGAGAAACCGCAGGUCAAGUGUGAGCAGGGGGCCGUGAAGCAGGAAGAGCGGCCAGAGGGAAUGGACGGAGCGAAGGAGGUGCAAGAGGAAGUGGAGGAUAAGAAGCCUCCACCUCUGGAAGUGGAAGAAGGGAAGAGAGAAGGAAGGAAAAGAGAGAGGGAGCACGGAGGGCAAGACAGCGAUUCCAGCGCGACGUGCAGCGCAGACGAGGUGGAGGAGACGGACAACGCCGAGAAGAACAGAAUAACAUCUCCUAGGCCGAGUCUGCUGAGCUAUGCCCAUGAUGGAGUGAUCUCAACCGCACUGCAGAAACCACUGGACCUCAAACAGCUCAAACAGAGAGCGGCCGCUAUACCUCCCAUAAUGCCGGACAUUUCCGUAGCCGGUGGUGGUAUGUUAGGGAAGCAGCAGGUGAUGCCCGACGCUCAGGCUCUGUACGAGCAGCAGAUCAUCAUGGCACACGAGUCGGCUCAAGGGGCCAAGCAGCAGCUUCCACAGCCAAUCAAAUCGCAGCAUUACCCCGGCGGCAUGGCCGAGGCCGGUAGCCCGCGCAUCCGAGCCAGAACGCCCACGCCCUCGGAGAGAGAGAAAGAAGAACUGGAGGGGGGGAAGGAAAGAUGGCUACACACUCUGCUUCACGGAUUACAUAAACCCCGGGCGUUCUCUCCUCUUGCUGACAUGAAGAAAGAUCCGGGCUCGGACCACAUCAGAGCCAUGGGUCUCGGCCGUCCGGUGAUGUCAUCGUUCCAGCUUUCUCCCCGAGACGUGGCCAAGCUGAGCCAUGAGCAACUCCUGCACUACAACUCCUCUCUUCCUCAGCAGGACAGGCUGGCUGGUGUACGGCCACUUCACAUCCCCGAACCUCCUCCCCUUAUCUCCUCAGCCAAACCAGGCGGCUCCAUCACACAGGGUACUCCAGUGCAGAUGCACAGCCCCGCCCACGGAGCAGAGCACGCCAAGAUGACUCCGGGAGCGCUGCCUCUGGCCUGGAUGGAGCAGCGGAAACUCGCCGGCUUCCCCGUGGUUAAACAGGAGCAGCUGUCUCCACGUGGCCUCGCCUCUUCCCAGGCUGAGAAUUUGUCCACACACACCAUCGCUCACGAGAGCCUCUCUGCUCGUGGGUCCAUGCCAGCUGUCACAGGAGGAAGCAUCACAAAGGGCCUUCCUGGCACACGCAUCCACCAAGAAUCCCCCAUAACCUACCGUGGUGGUUCCAUCACUCAGGGCACCCCAGCGGACGUGCUGUAUAAGGGUACCAUUAGUCGUCUUAUCGCCGAGGACAGCCCUAGCAGGGACCGCUCCAGAGAUGAAAACCAAGCCAAGGGACAUGUCCUGUAUGAGGGCAUCAGUGGACACAUCCUGUCCUAUGACCGAACUCCGAACCCUAAGGAGGAAGGCAGGGGAGAGGUGAUGGGGCUGAAACGCCCCUACGACAUCAUGGAAGGAGGGGGCAUCUCUCGAGUGCUGCCGUUACGCGACUCUCUGUCCACUGCUGAGGGUUUGAUGGGGAGAGCAAUGCCUCAGGAGAGAGAGAGUCCUCGUCCUCAUCAUAUCCGUGGCUCCAUCUCGCAGGGUAUCCCACGACACGUAGAGUCCCAGGAAGAGUAUUCACGACGAGAGCCAAAGCAGCUGAAGCGCGAGAGCUCGCCGUCUCCCCGUGGCCCCGACGCAAUUAAGAGCCGCCCCCACGACAGCGUAGUGCCCACGGUUAAAGAGCCCGGACGCUCCAUCCACCUCAUCCCUCCAGAGGGUGUGCUGAUGAGCAAAGCGCCUAAAGAGGGCUCCAUCACACAGGGUACGCCUCUCAAACUGGAGCCUGCGGGUUCAUCUAAACGCCACGACGUGCGCUCCAUCAUAUCCAGCUCCCCUCGGCCAUACUCGGGUCUACCACCUCAUUUGGAGAGGGGACACUACGACGAGCCGGGUCCUAAGUCCCGCCCCAGCGCAGUGGUCAGCACCUCAAGCUCCCUGGUGCUGGGGGCAGAGCAGGCGGGAAAAAGCCACCACAGCCCGGUGGGCUACGACGAGCACAAGAGAGCAGGAUACGCGCCGGCUUCACACAGAGUAUCCCCACUGACCAGCAGAGACACGCCACAGCGGCCACACGAGGGCUCUUCAAAAGUCCCUCAGCAGGAACGGAAGUCCACUCCAACUCCUCGGGAAAUGAGCUCCACCAAGUCUCCUCUGCCCGUAGUAGGGGAUCACCCCGCCACUCUGGCCUCCUACGAAAGGCUUCUGCAGGGUCUGGGAGCCGAUAUGUACCCAAGGCAGAUCCCGCUCCCCUUCGACCCUGCAGCCCUGCCCCGGGGCAUCCCUAUAGAUCCAGCUGCUUACUACCUGCCCCGACACCUGGCUCCCGCCCCUGGUUAUCCCCACCCCUAUUCCCCUUAUCUAAUCCGGGGCUUCCCGGACACGGCAGCCCUCGAGAACAGACACACACUCUUCACUGACUACAUCACCUCACAGCAGAUGCACCAGUGGCCUGCAGCAGCUAUGACACAGAGAUCAGACCUACUGAGAGGCCCCCGAGACCCACCACUCACUUUACCUUACUCACCUACAACACGAGGAACGUCUGCUUCACCAAUGGACCGCAUCAACUACCUCCCCGGAACCCCAACCACUUUCCCCAGCCGUGCAUAUACCACCUCACCGAUCUCACCAGUCGGAAGCUCACACAUAAGCAAACUCCAGGGCACACCGACGUCGUCCGAGAGAGAGCGCGAACGCGAAAGAGAGCGCGAGAGAGACCGAGAGCGAGACCGAGAGAGGGAGCGAGACAGAGAAAGAGACCGAGAGAGGGAGCGGGAGAGAGAACGAGAACGAGAGCGGGACAGAGAGAGGGAGAGGGAACGAGAGAGGGAGAGAGAGCGGGAUCGGGACAGAGAGAGGGAGAAGUCUCUCGGCCACGGCAAUGUGGAGCAUGCCCCCAUCUGGAGACCAGGGGCAGCAGAGCAGACUGGGAGCUCCAGCUCUAGCUCUCGUCCUCCUUCCUUGCCUUACAGCCACCAGCCUUCCCCGAUGAGCCCUCGACCCCAAGAGAGCCUCCAGCACAGACCCACCGUCCUCCACAACACCAGCUCGAAAAACCUGAGUUCAGAGCAUAGCAGCCCGUCUGUACUGAGGUCUGUGCCACAGAGUUCUUCACGUUACCCAAACUACAGCGGACACCUCCAGAGAGCCAGCGAUGCCUACCCAGACUCGAGCGGGGUCAAAGAGCUGAGCCGGGAGUCGAGCAAGUCCCAGAGUCGCGGAGUUCUGCCCAAACAACCGGAACCCAAGUCCGAAUCCAAGAUGUCCAGCCCGAGUGGGGGCGGAAUUUAUUCCUCUGCCUUCGCCCAGGCCCCCGGUGGCCACAUGGGGCUAACAGCAAGCCGUGGUCUUCCCAUAAUGGUUACUGAGAGUAGCAUCGUGAACAGGGAAAAGGCUCAGAACAAGGACCACGAGAUCCGUGCACUCGCUCAGCAGAAGGCUCUGGAGCAGCACGGUGUGUUUUUUAUUUCAGAAGAGAGACUGUCUCCCAGCCAGCAGCCCCCAUCCCCUGCUGUUAAAAGCUCCCAGAGGGUGGUGACCCUCGCCCAGCACAUCAGCGAGGUGAUUAAGAAAGAUUACAUGCGUCAGUCGCAGCAGGGCCAGGCAGCAGGUCAGCCUGUGUUCGGCUACCACAAUUCGCCCGUGCUGGACCUCACCCGACCCCCAAGUGCCCCCCAGACUCCCUCGGAGCCGAGCGUCAGCAGCCGUUUUACCCCCGAGGGCUCCAGCAGCGACAGGCUGAGAGACAGGUCUCCUCCUCAGAGUAAAGUAUCACCGGUGAGUCUGUCCGCUGAGUGUAUCGAGCCCAUCUCUCCACCAGGGGGCAUGUCCGAGCCUGAAUCCCAGGCAGCCGCGUGUCCCAGCGAACAAGCCGAGCAAGGGAUGGGAUCUCGCUCUCCGUCCAGCAGUUCCCAGCCCCCUGCGUUCUUCAGCAAACUCACAGAGAACAACUCCGCCAUCGUCAAGAGCAAGAAGGAGAUGAUUAAGAAGAUGGUCGUGGCCAACGAGAAUGACUUCAACUCGGGGCAGCCCGGGACAGAGAUCUUCAACAUGCCUGCCUCUGCCACUGGAGGGCCGGUCAGCAUGCGGAGCCAGCCUCCUCCAGACUCUAGUGGGAACACCAUCGGACUGGAGGCCAUCAUCCGGAAAGCUCUGAUGGGAAAAUAUGAUGAACAGGCGGACGAGCGCUCGCCCUCCAACUCCGGAGCCCCUGCUGCUGCUGAUCCACGCACUGAAGAGCCCUACUCAUUGUCUGGUAAAUCAAAGAGCAGCGGGCGCUCCAACGGCCGCAAGACAAAGUCUCCCGGUCCUGGACUGUCGGGUGGAGAGAGACCGUCCUCCGUGUCCUCCGUCCACUCCGAAGGAGACUGCAACCGCCGCACGCCUCUCACCAGCCGAGUGUGGGAGGACAGACCGUCUUCUACAGGCUCCACUCCAUACCCCUGUAACCCCUUCACGAUGUUGCGCUUGCCUAGCUCGGUGAUGUCCGGUCCCUCCCCGUCCCCCACUCAGCCUGCUGCAGGACCUCCACAGCCUCAGAGCCGCACCUGGGAAGAGGAACCCAAACCGCUGCUCUGCUCUCAGUACGAGACGCUGUCGGACAGCGAGUGAACACACACACACACACACACACACACACAACUCCUGAGGGAUGUGGAUGAACACACACACACACAUAGUGAAACACACUAGAGAGCACAUACACAUGCAGACUAAUAUGCAUACCUUCAUAUUACUAAUGCACUUCUUCUUUUAAGUAGAACACACACACACACACACACACACACCCCCUGGUGGACAUGGCUGCUGCAUCACUCCAAGACUGCUCAUAUUACCACGACAAAUCACUCUCCUUUUUAUUUUUUUUUUAAAUUUUAUUCCUUUGGUCACACAGAGACUCCUCUCUCCAUAGUACUGCUCAGGAUCCUCACAUUCUCACCUCACACACACACACACACACACACACACACACACACACACAGGACUUAGUCACGCAGCAUUGCUCUUGUAAAGCAGUAAUUUGACCCAAAUCGGACGAACGUUUAGAUCAGCUUAGCUCAUUUUUGGUGUCUUUUUGUUAUUUCGCAUCUUGAAGGUUAACAUAGCUAAAACAGCAAGGCUAGCUUCGAGCUGGCUAGCGUCUCUUCGUUUACACGCCAACAUCUCCAACGCCUUUCAAAUCAACUCCUCGCCUCUUACCCGAGUCCGACCGUCGCUACGUCCUGACUGUUAGCUGCUACGACCGUUCUUAGUCCUGUAUGUUUUUUAAAUCCACAUCCGCGCAUCAAACCACUCCACAAAGCCAGUCGAUCGAGAUAUCUAGCUUGAGCUAAUGCUACUCCGGCGGAUAUUCGCUCAACGUUAUAUAUAUGCGUUAGCUACACCUCAACAUAGCUCGGCUUCCACGUUUCCAUUUUGGCCCAGAAUGGCUGCCGUGUUGCUCUCACAGACUCACCACUUUAGCUUCUGAGGCACAUUUCGAGGUACAGAGGACCGUGUGUGUGUGUGUGUGUGUGUGUGUGCGUGUGUGUGUGUGUGUGCGUGUGUGUGUCUGUAUACACUGAUUACAUGUACACAUGAAUUUAGAAGCCAGUUCCGUAAUACGUUAGUCCAGUUGUAGAGAAACGCUCGUGUGUGUGUGUGUGUGUGUUACUCAUUUCCAUGAGCGUUAGUUUACAAGGUACAUCGAUGCGUUUCCUUUUUAACGUCACUGAUAUCAUUGCAGUUUUGUUUUUUUAUUUUUAACAACGGUUUCAGACUCGUCUCAACAUUUUUGUGUGUGUGUGUGUGUGUGUGUGUGUGUGUGUGCAUCACUAAAUGUAAUUGCAUUCUCUCGUUAUGAAGCACUUGGCCAGCGGACGCUGCUUGUUGGCUUCCCGUCACGGGCGCUGAUUUAUUCAUUUUUCUUUUUUUCAUUUGUUAUUCUUUAUACAGUAUUGUGUUUUUUCUUUUGUUUUGUUUGUUGUUUUUUUUUUUUUUUUUUUUACAUUGUCACCUAAACAGCUUUUUGUAAUAAAAUAAAAUAAAAUGAAAUAAAAUAGAUAAAACAGUCCAGUGCUCCAGCGACAAUCAGAGAGGAAAGAAAAGAAGAAGAAAACAAACAAAAAAAAAGUGCUGAGCAUACGGACGACAAGCUGCUUUUUCAGGUCCCUAAAAUGUCCUCACACACACACACACACACACACACACUCACACACACACUCACACACACACUCACACACACACACACUCACACACACACACACACACACAGGUUUAAGAGACUGCGCCAAAUCAAAGCCAUGGACAUCGAGGACUGCUCUGUUGUCUGUUUUCAAACAAAAAAAAACGAAAGAAAAAGGAAAACAGACGGAUAUUAGAGGAUGUAAACUGAUACGUUAUUAUUUUUGUUUGUUUGUUUUUGUUUAUUUUUUCUCGAGGAAGGGGACCUCCGCCCACGGCAAGCGGACAUCUCGGCUCACCGGGACUCCGAACCCAACACCUCAUGUGUAUAAAUGUUGUAUCCCUUUGUUGUGUAAAAAAGGAGGAAAAAAAAAAACCAACGAUCCUGGUGUUAAGUGCCAUUUAUUCGAGACGAACAUUUACUGAAGUUCAAACUACCGAGUGAUUACGCACAACUUCUUACUGUUUAAAGGCUUAAAAGAUGAACCUGGUGUUUCAUGGUCAUCUCUCUCUCACACACACACACACACACACACACACACACACACACACACACACGCUGCCGAGAGCAGUGUCUGUGUCCUCACACUAACGCGUCUCCAGAAUCCGGACGCUGAACUCCGUGAUGCUAUAAAUCUGUCAGAUGACUUUGCAUGUGCUUUAAAUAUACGUCGACUUUUAUCAUUUGCUACGUUUUUUUGUUUUUGUUUUUUUGUUUUUCAUAAAAAAAAAAAAGUCAUCCCUCUUUAACGUUGAUAUAAAAAAAAAUAAAGACUUUUAUGAUUCUAUUCCACAGGGUUUCCUCA